AUCACGGCUAUGGAAUGCUAGCUUGGAUUUAAGCUCGUUGUUUCUGGGAGAUUUGGAACAAUGCUGGGAUCGUCCGACAAGCGGACCAAUCCAAAGAUUCAUCCUUUCGUCCCGGUGAUUGAUGCCGCAGUGUUGCAUCAUCGUCGACCGAUCGAUCGCCCCUGACCGGCAUCCCGACAAACCGGGGAUAUAAACUCGCAGGUUUCCCGAGAGGAGAAGAGCAUUCGACUUCCAGGGGAUCGAAUUUGAUCAUAGAAGUGAUCAAUGAGCUGCGCGUAUCUCCACCAGCGAGUGAGAGCCAUUGUGGCGCUCUUCCAGAGGCAAUGGCAGCAGCCAAGGAGCGAUUACUCCAGAAUGGAAUCCUCUUCUCAGAUUUCUCCUCCUCCUGCUUUCUCUUCUUCUUCUCAAAAUCGCGCUGUGAUAGAUGAUCUCGAUCCUCCCAGCAAAGGCUUCUUCCCGGUCUACGUCGGGAGCGCCCGCCAGCGAUUCCUGCUGCCGAUUCGCUGCCUGGGUCACGCGUCCGUGAGGAUCCUCCUGGAACAGUGCGAGGAGGAGUUUGGAUUCGCGCAGAGUGGCAGCCUGGCCCUGCCGUGCAAUGUGGAGCUGUUUGAGUUGGCGGUGGAGCAAGCGGAGGAAUCAUUCCGCCUGGAGGCGCUCGAGAGCAAGCACGAGAGAAAGGAGAAGCGCUCGCUGCGCAAAAGGAUCGCUUUGAUACGGAGUGCCUUUCGGUGACUUUAAAAGCUUCUCUUUUCUUCCUUCUUUUUCGUGUACUCCCAGCACUGCUUCUCUUUGAUCAUGAUGGAGUCAUGCUGGUUCGCAGAUCUCUCUUGUAAGAUCUUCGAGUUUCUCCUUUUUCUUUGCGCGAUUUCUUCAAAGAAAGCGACAUGAUCCCCGCAAACUCACGCUGUCACAUUUUUACCGGUGAUUUUUCCUUGGAGGGUCUUUUGAUUCGAGAAACUCUGGCAUGGACCUCGCAAAAGUCACGAAGAGCUGUUAGAAAAGAUCACAGUUUUACCAGUGAUUUCCUUGCAGGGUCUUUCGAUUCGAUCAACUCUGGCAUGGACCUCGCAAAAUCAAGAAGAGCUGUUAGAAAAA